AUGCGCGCACCGAUGGGACGAGGCGGUGGCCGCGGCGGUUUUUCGCCCGGCGGCCGAGGCCGCGGCGGACGCGAUGGCGGACGAGGCGGUGGACGCGGUGGCGGACGCGGUGGUGGACGCGGUGGCCCCGGCGGACGCGGCGGUGGACGCGGCGGUGGACGUGGCGGACGCGGCGGUGGACGCGGCGGACGCGGCGGCAUGAAGGGCGGGUCGAAGGUUGUCGUCGAGAAGCACCGCCACGAGGGCGUUUUCGUCGCUCGCGGGAAGGAAGACGCGCUCGUGACGAGAAAUAUGGUCGUCGGUGAAAGCGUCUACGGUGAGAAGCGCAUCUCCGUCGACGAGGCGGACGGCACGAAGACGGAAUACCGCGUUUGGAAUCCGUUCAGGUCGAAGAUUGCCGCGGGCAUCCUCGGCGGUUUGGACAACAUUCACAUCGCUCCGGGCACGAAGCUCUUGUAUCUUGGUGGCGCUUCUGGUACCACGGUCUCUCACUGCUCCGAUCUCGUCGGUCCGGAGGGCACCGUUUACGCCGUCGAAUUCUCUCACCGCUCUGGUCGCGACUUGGUCAACAUGGCGAAGAAGCGCACCAACGUCAUUCCGAUCAUCGAGGACGCUCGUCACCCGCAAAAGUACCGAAUGUUGAUCGGUAUGGUUGAUACCAUCUUCGCUGACGUGGCGCAACCCGAUCAAGCCCGUAUCGUUGGCCUGAAUGCGCAGUAUUUCCUCAAGCAAGGCGGUAACUUUAUGAUUUCCAUCAAGGCGUCGUGCAUCGACUCCACUGCCGCUCCGGAGGCCGUCUUCGCCCGUGAGGUCAAGAAGCUGCAAACGGAAGGCUUUAAGCCCAAGGAACAGUUGACGCUAGAGCCGUACGAGCGUGAUCACGCGAUGGUAACAGGGAUUUUCCGUGCGCCGAGCAAGAAAUAA